GCCGUAUGAUGGAUGUGGUGCUCACUGAGCGCCGGCAGUAUUACCUGGAGUUUUUCGAUUGGGUGCAUCGCAAUUGUCACCCCGAUGGUUGUGUCCGGCCAUUGAACUACACUGUGUUCGAGCCCCGUAAGGCCGAACAGGCGUUCCGACACAUGUCCACUGGUAAACACACCGGCAAACUGUUGAUUAAGCUCCGGGACGAAGAGCCGGAUAAGCAACCAUUAGCGAUGGGCGCACCGGUCAGUCCGGCCCGGGAUAUGAUGGUCACCGUAAAGACCUAUUUUGAUCCCAACAAGUCGUACAUAAUCACCGGGGGUUUGGGUGGUGUGGGCCUGGAGCUGUUGCCCUGGAUGCUAUACCGGGGCGCCCGUAAGUUUGUGCUGACCUCCCGGUGCGGCCCCAAAACCAAUUACCAGAAGUUCAUCACCGGUUUAUUUCGACAACACUUCGCGGACUACAAGUACUUCGCGAGCGAUAUGUUUAUAUCGACGGCCAAUGCGCUGACACUGGAGGGCACGCGAGAGAUGCUCCGGGAGGCGGAAAGGUUGGGACCCAUUGGAGGCGUAUUUCAUUUGGCGCUCGUAUUAAACGACUCGUUGGCCGAGAAUAUGACGCCCGAGAGGUUCGCCGAGACGUCGGACACUAAACACCGGGUGUUUGAAAAUUUGGAUCAACUGACCCGCGGGUUAGGCUAUAAAGUGGACUAUUUUGUGGUGUUUUCGUCGGUGAGCGCCGGUAAGGGAAACGCCGGUCAAUGCAACUACGGGUACGGAAACUCGCGGUGCGAACGGGUGUGCGAACUCCGGCGGAGGGAUGGUAUGCACGGGUUGGCCGUACAGUACGGCCCGGUGGGGGACGUAGGGGUGGCCGCCGACGUGGACUUCUCUGUGGGCGAUAUUACGGUACAGAAGCAACGCAUCCACUCGUGUUUGGAUGUGUUGGACAAACUGUUGGCCGCAAAGCACCCGAUUGUCACAUCCUUUCUCAAAAAAGAUCUAGCUAAAUCGUUUGGCACGGGCACCAAAAAGACCCGACUGGUGGCCGAACUGUGGCGAGUGAUGGGCGUCGACCCAAACACAACGCCCGAUAGGGUAACACUCGGCGAGAUAGGGCUCGAGUCGAUGUUUGGGUCGGAAGUGCAACAGGAGUUUGAGAAAACACUGAACAUUACGGUAACAAUCAAUCAAAUCAAGUCCCUAACAGUGGGUGCGUUCAAAGAGUACGAGUCGGGCCGUCGCGAUCACAUAAUAAAAUUUCUUGACGAACGUAAACGAUUGCGCACGCACAUUUUGCGCCAGAAAUUUACCAUGCCCACCGAGCCGUGGGUGUGGCUAAACGGGCACCGGGAGGGCCGUGCCAUAUAUUUUAUGCCUACGCUUGUGCUAAACUUUUCGAUGGUAGAGGAGUUUGCCGCCAAACUAGACCGGCCGGUGAUUGGCCUGAAUUGGACCCGAGAGGUGAGCCAACUGUCCACUCUGGACGCGGUGGCCAAGUAUUACGUAGAGGUGUUGGCGGGCCUGGAGAGGGGCAAUGAGGGCGGCUACGAUGUGGUGGGCUAUUUAGAUACGGCCCACGUGUGCACUAAACUGCUGCUGAAGGGAAUGGCCGGUCGGGCAGUGAUCGUCGACGUGAUGAACGCCGACGCCCUGUAUAGCGAACAGUCGACCGACGAGUUUAUGAUUGAACUGAUGCUGAAAAUGAUAUCAAACGAAAUGCCGGCCGAUAUUAUCGGCAAUAUUAAG